AUGUCGGCCGCUCAAACCGCCGCCGCCACUCCAGCCGAGCAAGAAGAGCAACGAAAAGUCGUCGAAAAGUUCAAGGCUCUACGUGAUCAACAACAGGAUAUCGCCGCCGAAGUGACUCGAAUCGAAGAGGAACGACGUGAAUUUGGACGUGUUCUCGAAGUGAUCAAGGAUCUUGAACCGGAUCAGAAAUGCUUCCGUUUGAUUAGUGAUACACUUGUCGAGUAUACUGUCAAGGAUGUUAUUCCGGAUUUGCAGAAUAAUAUCGCUAAUUUGACAAUCGUCUCGAAGCAGCUCAACGAUCAGCUCGUCGAAAAGGGAAAAGAGCUGAACACUCACAAAACUACACACAACAUUCGUCUGCUCACUGAGAAAGAAUCUGCCGAGCUGAGAAAAGCUGAAGCUCUUGGACAAUUGCCAAAAGCUUAAAUUUCCCCUGCUUUAAUUUUUUUCUCGAUUUCCUACUGCUUUUUCAUGUUUUCAUACGUUUUUUCUUACUCUGUUUGUUGCCUUUUUUCUAUAUGCUCCCGUUAAAAGAACUUAAGUCUUGCAUAAAUUGAAUUUGAAU